AAAAAGCAAAGUUAACAAGUAGUCAAGGAGAAUGUUGAACAAUGUGAAUAUAAACAUAUUCCAGUAGGAUCAGACUAACACUACAAUUCUGUUCCUAAUCCAUGGCUCUACUAUUCCUCUUCUUUGUAGCUCUUAUUUCCUUUCUCUUCACGAUCCUUAUAGUACAAAAACUAGGAAAGAAAUCCAAGAAAACUGAUGACACAACUUGUGACAUGCAUAUGCCCCACGGGCCUAGAAAGCUACCUAUUAUAGGAAAUAUAUACAAUCUUAUAUGCUCUCAACCCCAUAGAAAAUUAAGAGACUUGGCCAUAAAAUAUGGACCCGUGAUGCAUCUUCAACUUGGAGAGGUUUCAACUAUUGUCAUUUCAUCCCCUGACUGUGCUAAGGAAGUGAUGACAACCCAUGAUAUUAACUUUGCCACAAGACCUCAAAUCCUAGCUACUGAAAUAAUGUCAUACAAUUCCACAAGUAUAGCUUUUUCUCCUUAUGGAAAUUACUGGAGGCAGCUACGAAAAAUUUGCAUAUUGGAGCUUUUAAGCCUAAAACGUGUUAACUCAUACCAGCCAGUUAGAGAAGAAGAGCUCUCCAAUCUUGUCAAAUGGAUUGCUUCAGAGAAAGGAUCCCCCAUCAACCUCACUCAAGCAGUACUUUCAUCUGUUUAUACAAUUUCUUCGAGGGCUACCUUUGGCAAGAAAUGCAAAGACCAAGAAAAGUUUAUAUCAGUGCUAACAAAAUCAAUAAAAGUUUCAGCAGGUUUUAACAUGGGAGAUUUGUUUCCAUCUUCUACUUGGCUUCAACAUCUCACUGGCUUGAGGCCUAAGCUUGAGAGGUUGCAUCAAAAAGCUGAUCAGAUAUUGGAAAACAUCAUCAAUGAUCAUAAAGAGGCAAAGUCAAAAGCCAAGGGUGACGAUAGUGAAGCACAAGAUCUGGUUGAUGUCCUCAUACAAUAUGAGGAUGGAAGCAAGCAGGAUUUUUCCUUAACUAAAAACAACAUCAAGGCCAUAAUUCAGGACAUUUUUGCUGCUGGAGGUGAGACAUCAGCUACAACAAUAGAUUGGGCAAUGGCUGAAAUGAUUAAGGAUCCAAGAGUGAUGAAGAAAGCACAAGCUGAGGUGAGAGAGGUAUUCGGUACGAACGGAAGGGUUGAUGAAAAUUGCAUCAAUGAACUUCAAUAUUUGAAACUAAUUGUGAAAGAGACCUUGAGGUUGCACCCUCCAGCUCCUCUUUUGCUUCCAAGAGAAUGUGGUCAAACAUGUGAGAUACAUGGUUAUCACAUACCAGCCAAAACCAAGGUCAUAGUCAAUGCCUGGGCAAUUGGAAGAGAUCCAAAGUAUUGGACUGAAUCAGAGAGGUUUUAUCCUGAGAGGUUCAUUGAUAGCACUAUUGACUACAAAGGGAAUAGUUUUGAGUUCAUUCCUUUUGGUGCUGGAAGAAGAAUAUGCCCAGGAAGCACAUCUGCUUUGAGAACUAUUGAUCUAGCCCUUGCAAUGUUGUUGUAUCACUUUGAUUGGAAUCUGCCAAAUGGAAUGAGAAGUGGAGAACUGGACAUGAGUGAGGAGUUUGGAGUCACAGUAAGAAGAAAAGAUGAUUUAAUUUUGGUUCCUUUUCCAUAUCAUCCUUUGCCUGUCACAUGAACUCACAAUGAGAAACUGAAACCUUUGGUGAUGCUUGUCACAUGUAUUUCAGAAUAAAGAUGUACUGUCAAUUGAAAUAAGACUUUGUUCGGCUAUCAGGUUAUGUUUGGCUGUGAAAGAGAAUGAAAAUUGUGUGACUAAUGCAUAGUAAAAUAGCUCUUUAUCCUCACUUGACAUUAUUGUAACAAGAUGUUAAUAAACUUUGAUACCGUGUCAUUUGCUA